UCAUCCUCUCCUCCACUCAUUUCUUGUGAAGUGAAACAUGAAAUAAAUCAAAAAGUUCAGUAUUAGAGUUAAACAAGUCCCAAGCUCCUUCACCUAGCUACCUUGCUUGAGUGCCAUUGUAUGUGCUUAGCAAAGUUACAUUAUAGCUCUAGCUUCUCCCUUUGUUGUAUAUAUAAGAAGUUAUGCUUAUUUGACCCUUCCUCCCUCCUUGCUUGGCUGGCUUCCUUUCUCUUUCCUGCCGCAGUCUUGAACUUGUUGGUUCCAGAAUGGGUGAAGCAAAGCAGGAAGCAGAGGCCAAACAAGAAGAGAAGAAGGUAGAGAAGCAGGAGGAGGAGAAGAAAGAGGAGAAGGCAGAAGAAAAGAAAGAGGAGGCAAAGCCAUCGCCUCCUCAACCCAUUGUCUUGUCUGUGGCCUUGCACUGUGUUGGAUGUGCCAAGAAGAUCAAGAAGUCCAUCCUCAAAUGCAGAGGUGUGGAAAGUGUUGAGGUGGACAUGAAGCAAAACCAGGUCACAGUCAAAGGGGUAGUGGACCCUCAGGUCCUGUGCUCCAGGAUACAAGAGAGAACGACGAGGAAAGCCAUAGUCCUCUCUCCAUUGCCCCCAGCCGAAGGGGACUCCAAACCAGAAGCUGUUCCAUCCCAGGUGAGCGGGAUGGCAACAGUUGAGCUCCUCGUGAACAUGCACUGCGAGGCGUGUGCAGAGCAGCUGAAGAGAAGGAUACUCAAGAUGCGAGGGGUGCAAACGGCAGACACCGACUUGAGCACCGGGAAGGUCACGGUGACCGGAACGAUGGAUGGAGAAAAGCUUGUGGAGUACAUCAGUCGACGGACCGGCAAGCUCGCCAGCAUUAUUCCUCAGCCACCCAAGGAGGAGGGAAAAGAAGAGGCAGAAAAGAAACCCGAGGAGGAGAAGCCUGCAGAAGAGAAGAAAGAGGAUAAGAAGGAAGACGAGAAGGCUCCCCAACCAGAAGAUGGUGCAGGUGGCAACAAGGAAGGCGACGGUAAGGAAGAGAAGGGAGGUGGCGAGGAGCAGAAGAAAGAAGGAGAGGGAGUGGCCAACGAUAACGCUAACGUCGUCGGCCAAGAAGAAGAAGACAUGAUGAAGAAGAUGAUAUAUUGGAAUGGCAGCAUCACCGGGGAGGACGAGAUGGCGCGGAGGAUGCUGCAUUAUAUGCCGGUGUACGUGAUCCAGCAGCCUCCGCCACCACCCCAGUUCUUCAGUGAUGAGAACCCUAAUGCUUGUUGCAUCUCAUGAAGCUCUCUCUCUCUCUCCAUCACCAAAAAUGAUAUCUGUAUGUAAUAUGAAGAAUAAUGUGGCACUGAUUGCUUUGCGUUGGCUGCCACACAAUACCAAAUCUAAGUCUUUCUUUGCUCA